AUGGUUCAGCCAUCUAUUCCACCAGCAGCUGCCUCGUUCUUAGAGUUUAUAAACGCGUCUCCAACACCAUUUCAUGCCGUUCAUAAUGCCAGCGAACGGCUUGAGAGUGCUGGUUUUCAGCGUAUCUAUGCGAAGGACAAUUGGGAGAAGCAGCUGAAGGAAGGCGGUCGUUACUUUUUUACCAGAAAUCAAUCUUCCUUGAUAGCGUUCACAAUUCCCAAGGGCUGGAAGGAAGGCGCGGGCCUCUCUAUCGUCGCGACCCAUACCGAUAGCCCGUGCCUAAGGGUUCGCCCGGUGUCCAAACGUUCCAAAGCAGGCUACUUGCAGGUCGGAGUUGAGACAUAUGGCGGAGGCAUUUGGCAUAGUUGGUUUGAUAGGUGGCUAAAUCCAUCUUAUUACCUAAAAGGUUCCAAGACUGAGUCUUUGCAUAGGGACUUGUCGCUGGCCGGAAGGGUAAUCGUUACGGACAAAAAUAGCACCAAGUUUACAUCUCGCCUCGUCAAUCUGAAGCGUCCGCUUUUGCGGAUUCCUACCCUAGCUAUUCAUCUUGAUCGGACGGUCAAUGACAACUUCAAGUUCAACCAAGAAACACAGUUCAUUCCCAUCCUGGGCCAAGUAGCUUCACAGUUGAAUGGACCACCCGUACCAGAGACCAGCGAUAAGAACCCUGUCAUUGGCGUUGCGGGGUCGAAUGUUCAGACGAAUCACCACGCAUCAUUGAUUGAUUUAAUCGCAGAAGACAUCUCAGUCUCUCCGGAGGAGAUCCACGACUUUGAGCUUUGUUUGUACGAUGUUCAACCAUCCCAAGCGGGUGGAAUUAACAACGAAUUUAUUUUCUCUCCUCGUUUGGAUAAUCUCAUGUCAAGCUUUUGUGCUGUCGAAGCUAUGGCUGACAGUGUCUCGUCUGACCGAGCCGUCCCAUUGGAGGGAAAUGUAAACGUCAUUGCGCUAUUCAACCACGAAGAGAUUGGGAGUGUUAGUACCAGCGGGGCUGAGUCUUCUUUACUCCCGACUUUGUUCCAUAGACUUUCUCCUACUCCUGCUGCGCAUGCACAAUCCAUCUCCCGGUCAUUCUUAGUUUCUGCAGAUAUGGGACAUGCGAUUCAUCCCUCGUAUAUGGACAGUCAUGAGCAAGUUCAUCGUCCCGAAAUCAAUGGAGGCCUUGUUGUCAAGACUAAUGCGAAGCAACGGUACGCAACUGAUGCAGUUGGGACGUUCCUGAUCCGCAAACUUGUCGAAAAUCGAGGAGGGCGAAUUCAAGAGUUUGAAGUCAGGAAUGACAUGCCUUAUGUUGGGAUGCCUAUGCUUUCCAUGCAUUCAAUCCGUGAAACUGGAGGAACUAAAGACGUUCAGUCAUAUAUCGAUGCAUUCUCCUCGCUGUUCGAGGGUUUUACUAACCUAGAUGCUUCUUUGAAAAUCGAUUAA